AUGCCUACGAUGGCAUUAUUCAUGAAGCAAGACUUCAAUCCCCCGAUGCUGUCUAGAAGAUGGCUCGCUAUGAAAUUCAGACCCAACAUGCUAGUGUACAGCAGAGAUCAUAUAAUAUCAAUUCUCGAAAGUGGACUUUUAUUUCGGGAAGACAGCUUGGAAGUAGAACAAGAGGUUCCAGCGGCUGAGGCCCUCUGGGGCCAAUCAGGAGGCCUGAAAGGGAGAUGGUUCACUAAAGGGGAGAGGAAUACAGCCCUAAUGGCUACAAUAGCCCUUAUUGUAGCCUCGCCUCCUAGAAACUUAAGCCGUUCACUAUACAUCAAGCUAGCAACAUACACUCUGGUCCCUGUAGCAAUAAGAGCGGCCCACCGGUUGCACUGCCGUGGCUCUCUGCAGGCGUUAUUAGGUGUGAUGCGUGACUACAUGUCUCUAGUGCGACGUUCUAUGGCCUGUUGCAGGGAGUUCGCGACGUUGCAUGCUAAACUAACAUCGGUAGCAACAGUGAUUGAAUCAAUGCGAGCGGUGCUCCGAGGCCAGCAACUGGAUCUUAUACUGUUGCUGUCUAGAGCCACGUCGGCUUUGUUGGGGAACGUGCCCUGGCUUCACGGAGAUGUGAAUUGUGAAUGUGAUGGGGAUAACUUGAUGAAAAUCCAUCACGCAUUUCUAGUCGUACAAUCAACGUUCUUGAAGAACAUAGCAAUGGCACACUCUAUACCGAACGCCCAUACCCUCAAAAUAUACAAAAACCACAACGAAAGAAUAUACUGGAUACAUAACGUACUCAUAAACCACGUUAUUCAAGACUUCAGAGAUAACUUCGAGGCAUUAGAACGUAUGUAUAGAUUAUUGAAGAACUAUGGCACCAGAGACAGCGAUAGCGCCAUGAAAAAGCCAGGAUUAGCUAUAAAUGAUAAUUGGAUAUACUCAGACAUACACACAGGCGUGGCUAGGUCGUGUCUAGAACUAAAACUAGCGCUAGACAAAUGUAGUCACCUAGAUAUGUUCCUUGAUUCCUGCGCUAUGAACAAGCAAGAGAUAAGCCUAGAUGUUCUAGCUAAGGAUAUAGAUGAAAUUAUAGAUGAGAUAACAAAAUGUCUGUCUACGGUACAGAGUUCGCAGAUAAGAUUAAAGAAAAUGCAAAAUAAGUUGAGAAUAGAAGAUAAUAGAACAGAAGGAGAAGAGAGGGAGUUUAAAGAAGAGACGGUUUUAAAAAUAGAAGAUAGAGAACCGGAAAUUAAGGAUGAGGUUUUCUAUUUUGUUAAAACGGAAGAUGAGAUUGUUGAAUCGCCGGUGGGGGACAUAGUAACGGGUCCAGGUCAGAAGGAAAAAGAAGCGUCUAAAGUAGUGUUUAAAGAACUAAAGAGAAAGUUGAUCAAAAGAGAAGAUCUUAUGAGGGAAAGAGAGAGGCAAGCGCUAGCGAAAACGAUGCCAGAAUUGAAAAGCAUACCGGAGUUUCCUAGACAGAUUAAAUUUGAAGAAGUUUUAGAUCGAAGAGGUUACAUAUCCAAAUUAAAUAAACCGAAAACCACGAAAAAACUAUUUAAAUUGUACAAAAUCAGUAACAAACAUAAAAGGAGAAAAUUAAAUAAUUUGAAAUUAAAAAUUAAUAAAUACAAAGCUGAAGAAGAUAUGCCAACCGAUGCCUGGAAAACUUCAAGUGAAUUUAAAACUAAAGAACAAAACCUUACAAUAAUUAAAACUAAAGAUUCAUUAUUAAUAAUAAAAUGGAUUAAAAUUGCACCAAAAAUAAAUAACGAGUCAAAUUCUAGUGGAUUAUCGGACGGCUUAAGUGAUAUUGAAGCGAGUGCUCGUAACCAAAACGACAACACUAUCAAUAAUAAAAACUUCAGAUUCUCAAAAAGGGAUUUAGAACUAUCGCCGUCAUCGUCUGAAAGUGAUUUUGAACAUAUAUAUAAUGAAAAAAUUGCAUUAUUAAACGAUGUCAGACGAUACCGAGCAGUUAGAAAGAAAAAUAUACCAGCAAAGAGGUUGUCCGUAGAUAAUGUUGAUGAGAGUUUAAAGCCAAUAGAAUAUAGCUUUGGGACUGGUUUAGCAAUGGCAUCUGUGUUACAAGUAAAUGCGAAAAUACCUAAUUUAGUCCAAGAGGAAGUGUUCAUAGGGGACGGAGAGGUUUCUAAUGAUAGUGGGAAUGAUGAAGAUGCUUGAGAGUUAAUAGUCAUUCUGAAAAUAGAACAAACAGCAAUAUA